AUGGAACACCGCGCAUUCAUCGCCCUAGGAAGCAACCUGGGCGACCGAGUCUCCAUGAUAGAAAAAGCCUGCAAAGAGAUGGACGCCACCGGGAAGAUCCAUGUGCUCCGAACAAGCAGCCUCUGGGAGACCAAAGCCAUGUACGUCCUAGACCAAGACAAAUUCGUGAACGGAGUCUGCGAAGUCUCAACAUCUCUAUCUCCAACCGCCCUCCUCUUCGCCCUGCAAGCCAUAGAAAAUAAAAUGGGCCGCGUGAGAGUAAUCGACAAGGGUCCAAGGAACAUCGACCUCGACAUCCUACUCUACGACGAGCAGACAAUCUCCACCGAGAGAUUAAAAAUUCCCCACGCCCUCAUGCUCGAGCGCGAAUUCGUCCUGCGCCCCCUCUGCGAGCUAAUCCCAGAAAGGAGCUUGCCAGCACACGUCUCCCUCCCCGCAGGCUCAUUCCAAUACCACCUCUCCAACCUGCCUCCCCCAGAAACUCCCAUAUCCCCCCUAACACCCCUCAGCCCGUCCCUCCCUGCCAUAACAGCAGUCGCCUCAACCCGCGACACAUGCAUAAUGUCCAUUCUCAACCUAACGCCGGACUCCUUCUCCGACGGCGGGACGCACUUCAAUCUCUCGCCCGCCAAGCUCACCGCCACUGUAAAAACCCACGUCGCAGCCGGCGCCAGCAUCCUCGACCUGGGCGGGCAGUCUACCCGCCCCGGCGCCGUGCAAGUUUCUCCAUCCGAAGAACUCGCGCGCGUACUCCCGGCUAUAAAACUCAUCCGGUCACUGCCCGAAGCGAAGAAAGUGGCGAUUAGCGUUGAUACGUACCGUGCGGAUGUCGCCGAAGAAGCCGUCGAAGCCGGCGCUGAUAUCGUUAAUGAUGUUAGCGCGGGGACGAUGGAUGAGAAAAUGCUGCCUACAGUUGCGAGGCUAGGCUGCACAGUGUGUUUGAUGCACAUGCGCGGCACGCCGGAGACCAUGAACAAACUUGCUUCCUACCCCGAUGGCAUUGUGGAAACUGUCGGUCGAGAAUUGCUCGAGCGGGUGCAGGCAGCGGAAGCAGCGGGUAUACGGCGGUGGCGCAUCAUCCUCGACCCGGGUAUUGGGUUCGCAAAAAAACAGGAGCAUAAUCUUGAGCUUCUGCGAAGGUUGGGCGAACUGAGGAAGUAUCCGGGCUUGCAAGGGUUGCCAUGGCUGGUGGGCACGAGUAGGAAGGCGUUUGUGGGAAGGAUAACCGGGGUUAAAGAGGCGAAAGAUCGGACAUGGGGAACCGCGGCUGCGGUUACGGCUGCGAUCCAAGGUGGUGCGGAUAUUGUGCGUGUGCAUGAUGUAGAAGAGAUGGGGAAGGUGGCGAAGAUGGCGGAUGCUGUUUGGCGGGUAUGA